AUGUCAUGGUGUAUGGUUAAUGUCCAUUUUUCGAUCACGAGGACACCUGCGCAAAUAGAACACUCGGAUGAGACAAGCUGUAAAAACUAUGAAAAAGAAGUGACAGUUCUUGCAUCUGCUGAGGUUGGAAGGUGGCAACUUUUGGGCUAUGAUAAGAAUGAGCAUCUUAGAGUCAGGGUUGGAUCAUGCUUUCCUCCUUUAGAUGUUGCAUGUUAUGACAGAUAUGGGAACCUCAUUCCAUUCCCAUCAACUCCAAAAGUCAAUUUGCAAUUCAAGAUGGGCAAAGGCACGUUGAUUGGUGUAAAGAAAACGAAGGCAGGCCUUUCGUCUGACAAAAGGACUCUAAGAAUUAACGAUAUACUAAUAGAAAGUGGGGAUUUAGACAUCAUCCGGCCAAACUAUGAGGGCACAAUGCUUUUAUGUCUGCCAGAUGAAUCUUUGUCCAUUUCUAUUCCAUGUAAAGUUAUUCCUGGACAUGUGCGGCGAGUGUUGGCACAUCCAUCCAUGCAAAGUAUCCAAAUGCUUCCUGGGUGCAUAGUACAAGAACUCAAAUUGGAGAUGUUUGAUGCUUAUGGAAAUCAUGCUUUGAGGGGCUCUGGAGUUCUUUUGAAGGUUGAGGGAUUUUCCAUUAAAGAUCAGAUGGGUAAAAAGCACAAGGCGGAUCAUGAUGGAUUUGUUCAUCUUGGUGGCAUGUUGAAAGUUACUGCAGGUUUCAAUCGAAAUGGUGAAUAUGGGCUGAGUUUGAUCUACAUGAGUUUGGGCUUAAUUCGAUUUUGACAGAUUGGGCUUCCUUUACAUUUGAGUUUGAAAAGGCUGAGAUAAGAGCCUGUGCUUGUCUUCGGUGAAGCCCGUAAGACCGGAGUUGGCCCAUGUUUGGAUCUGGCCCAAGUGAGUCAAUAAACAUCGAAUUUUCUUGUGAAAGUAGCACAUUGUUCCAAAUUCGGACUUUCAUUUUGUCAUCCAAUCAUUUCCAAGGUCAUUCAAUCGAGACCUCAAAAUGUCCACUAG